AGGCGUGCGGAAGCCUGGGCUCCCCUCGGCCUUCAGUGAGAGAGGCGCGGGGAGGGUCGGGGGGCGGCCGCCGCCGCCGCCGCCGGGCCCCUGUGCGUGCACCCGGACUCCUGGUCCCCGUUCCGAGCCUCUGGGCUCGGUGCUUGCGCGCCCUCCCGCACUGCGCGGGGGCAUCUUGGUCGCGUCGGCCGGCGACCUCGCCUGCGCUGGCAGCUGAGCGUUCGCGCGUUCACUCGGGCGCGCGCGGGCUGGGAAGGCGCUUCCCGGGCGCUGGGACUGCAAGGGCGGGGACCGGCCGGUGCGGCCGCCGCGCGCCUGCCCUCGCCCCGGAGGCAGGGGUUGCCGCUGGCUCGCAGCCGGAUCCCGACCCAGGAGUUUCCGAGACCCGAGGGCUCCUGAUGGUUUUGCCCAGUUUCUCUGUUUUCAAAGACUGGGGAAAUGGACGCCUAGAGAAUGCUUGUUCUGCGACACCAUGUUACAUCGCCUCAUAGGAAACAAUUGUGCGAGGCCUUUCCUACGGGGGAGGGGUGGCGUCAGGCUCUGUACCGCUCAUUUGUUGUUAAAUUUAGCGAGACGGUGUGGCGACGCCUCCGCUGUACUGACCACCCUAACUUUAAUUUUGCCCCUUACGGACUUACCUAGCUGGCCAUAAUUCCUACCUUCUGCUUCUUUGCCUGUAAUCUAUGAAACAGAAGCCCUUGAAAUACGUAUGUAAUAACCUUGCCCUUUAGAGCCCCCAUCGACUUGACUUGGAAAGAAUUCCCUGGAACCCACCAUGUAGGAUGCCUCGAGGACCCUAUCAGUUCUGAAACACAGAAAUCCAGGUAUCAGAAUUAACUCCAGAAGAGGGAAUCUAACAAACCAGUAGCAAUGGAAGAAAUUGAGAAAGUUACCAAACAUCUGUCAUUCCCUACAAUGCAAGGAUCAGCUGGUGUCACAGGUUUAAAAAAUCCUUCAUGAACAGCAGAGAUUGGAAGCAACAUGAUGGGUUCAGAAGCUCAUGAAAAGAGGCCACCAAUCCUAACAUCUUCAAAACAAGACAUAUCGCCUCACAUCACUAGUGUUGGUGAAAUGAAGCAUUACUUGUGCGGCUGCUGCGCAGCUUUCACCAAUAUAGCAGUCACAUUUCCCAUUCAGAAGGUCCUCUUUCGGCAGCAGCUUUAUGGGAUCAAAACCCGGGAUGCAGUGCUUCAGUUGAGGAGGGAUGGAUUUCAAAACUUGUAUCGUGGAAUCCUUCCCCCAUUAAUGCAGAAAACAACUACCCUGGCGCUUAUGUUUGGUCUGUACGAGGAUUUAUCUUGCCUUCUCCAUAAGCACGUCAGUGCUCCCGAGUUUACGACCCGGGGUGUGGCGGCAAUCCUGGCAGGGACAACAGAAGCCAUUUUCACUCCAUUGGAAAGAGUUCAGACGUUGCUUCAAGACCACAAGCAUCAUGACAAAUUCACAAAUACUUAUCAGGCCUUCCGGGCACAGAAAUGCCAUGGAAUUCGAGAGUAUUAUCGAGGCUUGGUGCCCAUUCUUUUUCGUAAUGGAUUCAGCAAUGUCCUUUUUUUCGGCCUUCGAGGUCCCAUUAAGGAGCAUCUCCCUACAGCCACCACUCACAGUGCUCAUCUGGUUAAUGACUUUAUCUGUGGAGGGGUAUUGGGUGCCAUGUUGGAAUUCUUGUUUUUUCCAGUUAAUGUUGUAAAAACUCGCAUACAGUCUCAGAUUGGUGGGGAGUUUCCAUCUUUCUCCAAGGUUUUCAAAACAAUCUGGCUAGAACGGGACAGGAAGCUGACAAAUCUCUUCAGGGGAGCCCAUCUGAAUUAUCAUCGGUCCCUCAUCUCUUGGGGCAUAAUCAAUGCGACUUACGAGUUCUUGUUAAAGAUAAUAUGAAAAAGUCAUCAGUGAAGUGCCAUGUAUCAACUAAAUAGACCUAAGAAAAAUCCUAUUUGGCUUUGGUUCAGAUUGGCCCCAAUACAAGUUGGUGUCAUUGAGUCCAGGCCACAAUGAAUUAUGGGCUGAGUUGUUUCCCUUGAGUAUCAUCAAAAACAAUAAAAGGUUUCAGUAGGAAACUUUCAAAAAAAUUUCUUUGUUUUUAAUUUUUUAUCAUUAUCCAAGAGCUUUAGGCUUAUUGCUGGUAAAUAGCGUCUGUCUGAUGGUCAUUCACAGGGUAUUCUAUAGCCAGGCUGAUUCCUUUUUCCAAAACAACCUUUAAGCCUUUUGUAUUGUAGCAUAAAAUGCCUUCAGCAGCCAGGGAAGAGGCUUGCAGGCCCAGGCCUUCUCAGGCUUACUUUGUUACUCCAUUUCUUCUUUGCUCUCAGGAGCAGCUGCAGUUCAUUAAACUCAAACAUAAGUGGCAGGACACAGGCAGAACAGAGAAGAAAAAGAGCUUAUUGGGUCGUGCUGAAAUUGCUGGUGUUAGUUUUGGAAUCAAACACCUGCUGGAAUAGAAUGCAAACUAUGUUCUGUUUAAAUGAGGUAGACAGAAUCAUGUUGCUGAUGCAAUUUCUAAUUUUGCUUUCUCCCUUUGGAAGUUUUCUGUUUAAUUCUGAAUGUGACCUUAAGCCCUGCCAAAAUAUUCUUACGUUAAUUUUACUGAUGUCAUUGCCAAAAACUGAGAAAAUUUAAAUUUUUUUAUAGAUGCUUCAUCCUAUUAAGUUGUUAAUUCUAUCUAUUCCUACAUUGGCCAGCCUGGUUUCCUUGAAUUUUUGGUGCCAAUUUAGCAGUAGGCUUUAGGGGCUUUUCCCCCGCCCUCAGGAGUAAUUUGUCAUGUUUGAGUAUCCUGUUUUCUUGAAGCUAUAUUUUUUAAAAAUAAAACACUUCCAUAAGUUUUAUCUUGGGAGUCUGUUGAGAUCCCAGCCCUGCCCCCUUCUGGUUUCUAAAUGUUACAGUGGAGGGGAAAAGCUCAGGAUAGCUCUCGACCCAGUGUGAGCGAUCUUUAUUUCAUUCUUGGACUUGGAGACUCCUUUGGAUUUGACAUUUGGGGAAUUCAGUUUUAUAAUUGUGUCAUUAAAUCUAGUUUUGAGAGCGUAUGAUCUAAGUAAAAACAUUUGAAGAGUUAUGUUUAACUUUAGAGAUUGUUGGUAGCUAGAUUACCUACUUGUCCCUUAUAGACAAAACUUGUCACAGAAUCAGAAUAUUUGAAAAUUUUUUCCCCAGCUGGUGAAGCAAAAUGACUCAUAGAGCAGUUGAAUAACUAAUGAUAUACGAGAAACACACUAGACAAAUUGUCGAUCUGUCUUUUUGAAAAUAUCUGUAAAUAUUAAUGUACUUAUUCCUGCCUUCUAACAAGAAAGUAGAUUU